AUGUUUCGCGCUCCUGCUGUUGCUGCUGCUGCAGCGUACCUGACCAUAUCGGUGCUAGAGGGGGCCAGUGCUGGCCAUCCUCAUGGUCAGGAAGUUCCUUUCCAGCCAGUUAUUGAACAUGGAGUUGGAAAUGGAAAAGUACACAGACAUAUCGAACCGACGCAGCUCAGGCCAACCUUUGCCCUAAUCCGCUCCCUGUUUGGCGGUGGGCUUCUCAUGGCGCUCUGUUUGGGAUUCUUUUUUCUGCUGAGAUCCACUCGUAGUUUUGCGUUGUUCCAGAAAGGAGUUAAAGAAGAAGGUAGACGGCGUGCUUCCGAGGAGGCACAAACUGGUGAUGAUGGAAGAGAGGAUGAGGAAGGCAAGACGGCUCGUGCCGGAGGUCAGGGAGCUGCUUUGGAUGCUCAGGGGAGCAUCGUGAACGAAGCCGAUACACUCAAAGCAAUAGAUUACCCACCGGCAGAUGACCCUGUCACUUUGGGGCUGCAAGAAGUGCAGUCCCGGAUCGGACAGAUGGAGACGGUUCUUAAGUGGAUUGCAGAGGCUGAGGAGUCAGGUAGAAGUGUCGACAGCACAGGCGAAUCCCUUGGACACCGGCUGCGCCUAGGAUUCCAAUACCGCCAGAAGAACAGAAACGCUGAAUUUGAACCUUCGGUUCCUGAAGAGCAGGUAUCGAAGUUCAAGAGCCUCGUAGGCGAAAUUGAGCAGACUCUGGGACGUCACUAUGGCCGUGGCAGGUAG